AUGGUGGCGUCCCUCCCAAACGGUGCUCCUAAGGUAGUGGUUGAGGUAGUGCCCGAGCCAGUGCCCGAGCCAGUGCCCGAGCCAGUGCUUGAGCCAGUGCUUGAGCUAGUGCUUGAGCCAGUGCCUGAGCCAGUGCCUGAGCCAGUGCUUGAGCCAGUGCCCGAGCCAGUGCUUGAGCCAGUGCUUGAGCCAGUGCUUGAGCCAGUGCCUGAGCCAGUGCUUGAGCCAGUGCCUGAGCCAGUGCCUGAGCCAGUGCCUGAGCCAGUGCUUGAGCCAGUGCCUGAGCCAGUGCUUGAGCCAGUGCUUGAGCCAGUGCCUGAGCCAGUGCCUGAGCCAGUGCUUGAGCCAGUGCCUGAGCCAGUGCUUGAGCCAGUGCCUGAGCCAGUGCCUGAGCCAGUGCCUGAGCCAGUGCUUGAGCCAGUGCCUGAGCCAGUGCCUGAGCCAGUGCCUGAGCCAGUGCCUGAGCCAGUGCUUGAGCCAGUGCUUGAGCCAGUGCCUGAGCCAGUGCUUGAGCCAGUGCCUGAGCCAGUGCUUGAGCCAGUGCCUGAGCCAGUGCCUGAGCCAGUGCUUGAGCCAGUGCCUGAGCCAGUGCCUGAGCCAGUGCCUGAGCCAGUGCCUGAGCCAGUGCCUGAGCCAGUGCCUGAGCCAGUGCUUGAGCCAGUGCCUGAGCCAGUGCUUGAGCCAGUGCCUGAGCCAGUGCUUGAGCCAGUGCCUGAGCCAGUGCUUGAGCCAGUGCCUGAGCCAGUGCUUGAGCCAGUGCCUGAGCCAGUGCUUGAGCCAGUGCCUGAGCCAGUGCUUGAGCCAGUGCCUGAGCCAGUGCUUGAGCCAGUGCCUGAGCCAGUGCUUGAGCCAGUGCCUGAGCCAGUGCUUGAGCCAGUGCCUGAGCCAGUGCCUGAGCCAGUGCUUGAGCCAGUGCUUGAGCCAGUGCUUGAGCCAAUGCUUGAGCCAGUGCCUGAGCCAGUGCCUGAGCCAGUGCCUGAGCCAGUGCUUGAGCCAGUGCCCGAGCCAGUGCUUGAGCCAGUGCUUCAGCCAGUGCCCGAGCCAGUGCCCGAGCCAGUGCCUGAGCCAGUGCUUGAGCCAGUGCCUGAGCCAAUGCUUGAGCCAAUGCUUGAGCCAGUGCCUGAGCCAGUUCCUGAGCCACUGGCUCAGGCACUAGUGCCUGAGCCAGUGCUUGAGCUAGUGCUUGAGCCAGUGCCUGAGCCAGUGCUUGAGCCAGUGCCUGAGCCAGUGCCUGAGCCAGUGCUUGAGCCAGUGCCUGAGCCAGUGCCUGAGCCAGUGCUUGAGCUAGUGCUUGAGCCAGUGCCUGAGCCAGUGCCUGAGCCAGUGCUUGAGCCAGUGCCUGAGCCAGUGCCUGAGCCAGUGCUUGAGCCAGUGCCUGAGCCAGUGCUUGAGCCAGUGCCCGAGCCAGUGCCCGAGCCAUUGCCUAAGGCUGAGCUUGCGGCCAUGCAGGAGGCGUUCCCUGCUCAGGCCCGGUCAACCAAGUCGGGGCAACCGGAAAGGGAGGCUUGGGAAGUCUGCUACCACCGCCCGCCGCCAUGGAGAUACACGCUGCACCUACCGCCCCAGUUUGCGCGGCGCCUGCUGGGCUACGAGCUGGUUAUCAUGUGGGAGCAGUUCGACGUGCAGCUGAGGCACGACCAGAACAGGAAGCUGCUCCAUGUCAUCGGCCCUAACCCCGACGUCACGGCAGCGUACCGCGCCAUUCAGAAGAUGUUGGCCAGGUGGAGGCAGCAGGCCCAGGGUCGUUAG